AUGGCCCUGGGUCCAAAGCCUAGGAACUGGGAUGUUCAGGAAGAAAUUUUAAAUGACAGAAUAGACCACAAGGAUUUGACAAUAGGAAUAGUGUUCUUACUUCAGAGUACAGUUGGAAUUGUUGGAAAUUUCUCUCUUCUUUCCUGCUACCUCAUCCAUUACUACACUGAACAGACAUUAAAGAACACAGAUUUGAUUCUUACACACAUGUUCACAGCCAACUCCUUGAUCAUUUUUUCUAAAGGAUUACUCCACACAAUGAGAGCUUUUGGGGUGGAAAAGUUCAUCAAUGAUUUUGGCUGUGAAUUUCUUUUGUAUAUUCAAAGAGUAGGCAGAAACAUGUCCAUAGGAAUGACUUGCUUCUUGAGUGUUUUCCAGGCCAUCACUAUCAGCCCUGUGAACUCUUUUUGGUUGUGUCUUAAAGUCAAAGCUCCAAAGCACAUUGGUCUCUUCACUUCCCUCUGCUGGAUUCACUGUAUGUCAAUAAAUAUGGUUUUCCCUGUGUAUAGGUAUAUCAAGGGGAACAUCAAUAAUCUGGCACAUAAGAGUGGCAUGAAAUACUGCUCCACAUUAAGUCAUGAUGAUCACACAAGCUCAUUAUACACAGCAUGUUUUGUUGUUCCUGAAAUUUUGUUUUCUGUCAUCAUUGUUUGGUCCAGCAUCUCCAUGAUUAUCGUUCUGUAUAGGCACAAACAACGGGUUCAGUAUAUCCACAGCACCAGUGUUUCCUCCAGUACAUCCACUGAGUCCAAAGCCACCCACCACAUAAUGGCUCUGGUGUUGACAUUUAUAGGCUUUUAUGCCCUCUCUUUCAUCUUACAAGGUUGCAUUGCUCUCGUAUAUAACCCUAGUUGGUGGCUGAUGAACAUUACUGCAAUCAUUUCUAUGUGUUUUCCUACUUUGGGGCCCUUUGUUAUGAGCCAUGAUUCACAGUGCCAAUGUUGUGCUUUUCAGGAGUAA